AUGUCGCCUUCUAAAAAGAAAAAAGGUAAAAGUACUGGCGAAGGAUCUCAAAGUAAUCCUAAUGUCAAUUUUGAACUUUGGAGUAAUAAUUCACCACGAAAUAAUGGUAAUUCUCCUCGAGGCGGCGGAGGGCGUGGUCGUGUACAUGAUAUCGGAGUAUCUAACGAAGAAAUAGAACGAGUCAACGCUAGACAACAUAACGUUCUAUUGGAAAAUUUACAAUCCUCUGCACUUUCAUAUGACGGAAGUGACAAGCUUAUUUUCGUUUCUAGUAAUAAUUUGGAGGGCGCGUGGCGUAACUUGAUCAGAAAAGAAUUUCGCGAUCAACGAAUAAUUAAAUAUUUUCUCACGUCAUGUUUGUUGGAUGCUGAUAAACAGACUGGUGUGGCAGUUGAAACUCUCGUAGAACAAUUAGGAAAUCCUAAUUUGGGCAUUCUUCGAUUAAGAGAGAUUUGUCAGUACAAAAUAUCUGUUGAUGCUGGAUCCAAAAAAGAUACUGCUUCAUUUCAAAGUGUUAUUAUUCCCUUUCUUGCAUUAUUGAUCCGUCAUGGGGUACGCGGUUCGACUUUGGAAAAACAAGUUAACACUAUAUAUUCGGUUGUUUAUACCUAUAUUGAUACAUUCUUUCAUGAUAAUAUUAUGAAAUGUUUGGAUGAAUUAGUUAGAAGAAAUUCACUUCAAGAUAGAAGUGAUAAGGAAAGAUUGUUAAACAAAGAUCCUAAUAUUUUUAUUCCUUCAACAUUUGGUCAACCAUUCUUGACACUUGCGCGUUUUUUAAAUGAGUUACUUAGUCGAAUUAAAGAAGCUUCUGUUAAUGAUACUAUUCACAAAAUUGUGCAUCGUCUUCAAAGUGCGUCAAAUGCGUGGAAAGAUUCUUUGAUGGCUGAACGUCAAUUGAAAGUUCAAUCUGAAGACGCAUUGGUCUCGGAUCUUGAAAAGAGGCGAUAUUAUUUUGAAAUUUUAGAUCAUGAAAUGAAAAAACUCGAUUAUAUUUUGUCAGAUGGGCGUAAAUCUAUUGCCGCAGCGAGAAAUGAAGUCAAUAAUACUGUACCUUCUGAACUUGUCGCUCAAAGCCGUGAAUUUGCGAGAAUGAAUGAAUUUGAAAGGUUAUACGAUCCACCUGGUUAG